AUGUCUUCGACUCAAAACUGUCCGCUCACUUUCAAUGCAGUGGGCGACGUGAUAGUUUUCAUAGGACUCGUAAACCUUAUAUAGAUCGGCCUCACAGUGAUGGAGCAUGGUGUGACUCGUGGCGGCUUUAGCAAUUAUCUUGUCAUGAAGAAUUGGCUUCAAUUCUCAGUUGGAAUCGUAGCUUGGUGGCUGUUAGGCUAUGGUUUCGCCUUUGGCAACCCAGCAGACAGCGAAUAUAUUGGAAAUGAAGACUUCGGCGGCAAACACUGGCUAACUGAAAAAUCCAAGAACCACGGGGCUUGUGCAUCCUACUUUGCACUCUGCGGAUUUUUCGUCCUGUUCAUCAUCAAUGGUGCCAUAAGCGAAAGAGCAAAAUACCAGGUCUACCCUUGGUUUUCAUGGUGGCUUAUGCUUUUCGUCUGGCCUGUCAUUGUAGCUUGGUCGUGGGGAGGCGGCUGGCUUGACAUUGAGCUUAAUAAGCCUUUGAUUGACAACGGUGGCGCUAUUAAUAUUCACAUGUUUGCAGGAGCUUUUGGACUUAUAGGAGCCAUUUUCUUUACUCCCUUGAUAAAAAGCCAUUAGAAAAAUCCUUAUUAUUACCCUCUGAUUAAGAGCAAAAAUAUGUUUUUAAAAAUUAAAUUAGAUUUUCCCUUUAAAUUUGUGGAAAGAAAUUAUAUUUAAUUUUAAUAUAAUACGAAAAAGAGAAAUUAAUGGUUAGCUAUUAAAAAGUUUACUGCUAACCAAAGGGGAAUUAGGCCCAAGGCCUGGAAGAUUUGACGACCCUGACUCAGACGAGUGGAAAAUCUCCUUGCCGACGACUUAUAUUGUUGGAGCUGUUUUGGUGAUUUUAGGGAUUUUUGGGCUAAAUAUUUCUUUAUCUCCAACAGCGACUGCAAGAGGACUUGCAGCUUGUAACUCAUGGAUCUGUGGAGGGAUGUCAGCCAUUGUGACGUUAAAGCUUUUAACUUUGGCGAAAAAAGAUCUUCAUACUCACUAUGUAGCAGUUUAUCAAGGAUUUAUAGCAGGGAUGAUUGUAAUUUCAGACUCUGCUUAUGACACAACUCCAUGGCAAGCUGGACUUUGUGGAAUCCUUAGUGGGAUUAUUUUUGCUAUUGGUUUCUAUUUCUGCAGAUUAGCAAGGAUUGACGAUGUGAUGAACGUGACUGCCACUUUCUUCUUGCCUGGGCUUAUUGGAGGGCUUUUAUAGCUUGAUGAGUAUUUUUCUUGCAUUUUUAGACAGUUUUAAAUAGAAAAUAGAAAUAUACUAAAAAGAUAGUAAAAUAUCCAGAGGAGUAUACCUGGCUUUAUUACUGAUGCUAAUGGGUGCUUCUGGGAUGGAAAAUCAGGCGAUACCCUUUCUACUCAAGUAAUUGCAGUGCUAGUUGUGUUGGGCUGGUCUCUAACUUGGGCAGCUUUACUAUUUGGCAUCAUGGCGAUUUUCAGAUCUCUAAGACUUGAUGAUACCGUCAUAAAUAAUAAACUUGAAGGCUGUGAAAUUAGACAGCGUGGCUGGCAAUUACCUGGAGAUAAGGAAACAGUAAAAGAAACUAACUCCCCCCCCCUCCGUGAGUGAACAAAAAAAUUUUGUUCACUCACGGAGGGGGGUUAAUUUUUUUUUUUUAAAAAAAUUUAUAUAUAAAUUUUCUAAAAAAUUUUUUUUUUGAAAUUUAAAAAAAUCCUAAUUUGCAAAAAUUUGAAGCAAAUAUUAAUUUAAUUUAUAAAAUUUAUGUUUUAAAAUGCAAUUCAUUUAAAAUUAAACAGAAUUAGCUCUAGAUUUCAUUAUAUUAAUUAUCAUUUAUAUAUCAAAUUUUUUUUUCCAUAAAAAAUUUUUGUUCACUCACGGAGGGUGGGUUUUUUUUUGGGCAAAAAAUGGCGAUUUUUCUAAUGGUUUUGUUCACUCACGGAGGGGGGGAGUAAGCAAUAG